UUUAUAAACAGUAAUAACAAAACAAAGUCAAUACAAAUAAUAAUUGCAUUGAAAUUAUAGUUUCAAUUCAUAUUAAAAAAAACCGAUUCAAUUGAAGACAUCUGAAGACAAGACACAAUGCCGGAAGAAAAUGACAGAGAAAAGAAAGAGAUCCGCAUGAAUGACAUGUUUGAGACACCGAUAUUGGACGAUAUGGUCCAGAGUCCGGCCGUCAAAGCGUUUAAAGUGAUUGCCGCUGUUGUCGACGGACCCGUUGAAUGGAUCAGACACAAUGUUGUUGAAAAAUAUCGCGGACCCAAACAAUACUAUUACCACAAACGCUUUCGUCGGGUACCCACUGUUGACCAAUGCUAUACCGAUGACCAGGCCUGCAUCUAUGAGGCCAAUGAACAAUACAAACGAGACAAGAAAGUUGACGGACAGAUCAUCAAUAUAUUGCGCUAUCGUUUUGUCAAUUGUACGACUUAUGUCCGCAAUGUCAACGACUUCUCUCACCUUAGAGACAAUAUACCGAUCUGUGUGAAGGAGAAGAAAGACUACGAUGACGCCCAACUCAACUAUUACAUCAAAUAUGGAGAUUUGGGACACUUUCAUACUGUUGUCGACGCUUUUAUGAAACAAAAACAUCGACUUAUUUUCGAGAGAAGAGAAGCAGAGAAGAAGGCCAAAGCUGGACAAUAGCUUAAUAAGUAAAUGUCUUCUGACAUACAGUAAAUAUAUUAGGGAUUUGAUUGACUCAAAACAGAUAUAAAAAUAUAUUAUUAAUAUUUGAAAUAAUUAUUA